AGCCACAACACAACUGCUCUAUUUCAUCUGAGUCAUUACUGUUCCGUGUAUCUGGCUUCCCUCUUUUAGUAGGCUGCCUUCGCCCUACCAACAACUUCCCAAACCGCCUUAUUUACGUUGGCGCGUUUGCGCGUGCGUGCAUCAUAUCUAUAUUGAAAACUAGAACGCUCUUUAGUGGUUCAGUCUCUGUUCGGCUUCCCGUCCUCAUUUCCGUCUACCCUAGAAGCAAUGGAUUUUUUCGCGGGGAAGGCUGCUGAGAAGCAGAUUAACGGCGUCGGAGAGACAAUCAAUACGAUGGUCAAUGACGCAUCAGAAGCCGUCACCAACUGGUGGGAAGGACUCAUGGGCAAAGUGCAGAAGCCGCUGGCAGGGAUCCUGGAGCAGUACGAGAUCCCUGUGGGUAUUUUCCCGAAGAACCAUGUCAAGUACGUUCUGAAACCCAGUGACUCGAGCAAACCGGAAGCAGGGGGUGUGCUGGAGGUCUACUUCACAGGAGGGAUGGAAAUCAAGCUCAGCGAUGGGACAGUUCUGAAGUAUGCAAAGAAAGUAGUUACCCGGAUUUCUGCCAAGGAAAUGGCAGGAAUUGUCGGUAUGAAGCUGAAGGGGAUUACAGGGUACAGUGAGAUCAGUGCAGUCUCAGUUGACACUGCCAAGGACAACAUCCAUUUGCAAACACGGGUGCGCAAGACCAAGCCGCUGCACCUCUUCAAGAGCGCAAGGCAGGGGGUUGAGGUUCUUGAUGUCAGCUGAAGUCCAUAAGUCAGAUGCAUUCUGUGACCUGACAUGCUGUUCUUCGCCUGCAACUCACGUUGUAUUUUAGAUGGCCACUCAUCUGUGUUCCUGUAUCCUUAUAGCAGUGAGGAGGGAUAUUCUCACUGCACUGCACCUAC